CUUUCUCACUCUCUCUAAACCAUGGCAUACAGAAGAAACAGACUUCCAUCUGAAUUCCUACAUCAAGUAUCUACUUAUUUAUCUUUACAAGACUGCUACAAUUGUUUGUACGUAUGCUGGUUCUGGUACAAUACAUUUCAAAAAAUAGUCUAUAAAAAAAUCACUAUCAAAUCAGAAGCUCAAUUAGAGCAACUCUUAAGCUCUCUUGAGUUCUCUAAAAAGCUCUAUGAAAAUUAUGAUUUUCAAAACGGUCUUUUGAUAAGAGAGCUUUAUUUAGACGAUACUGUCCUGAAGCGUCAAGUCCAUCUCUCUCAAAAAAAUCUAGAACUAUUAGCUAGUUUUUGUACUGAAUUAGAAGUAUUCAAGUUUGAUAUCACUCAAUGGAAGCAUCUCACACUUCCAAAGACAACAUCAUGGAAACGUAUACGGCAAUGUGCUCCUGUUUCUUUCAAGAAUUUUGAUUCAACAUUUCUUUCAACGUUCAACGGGUUAACGCAUUUAAAUAUCAAAUAUGAGUGGGAGGAACUGCGUACACUUGUCACACAGAUUGGCGUUGUGUCCACAUUACAAGACUUGACCUUGGAAAUCAUUAACGACUCAACCGAAGUACUUGUAUCUCUGAGUCAGUGUUUACAAACACUGCAUGCGUCAGUACCUCAACUAAAGCAUUUUACGUUUAUUCGCAAAAAGACACCUCAUCAGGAGUCAACUUCCGAGGCAUCACAUGAUCCUGCAUUCUUAUUGCCUCUUUCAAAGCCAUCUCGGCUGAAAACACUUACAUUGCAUGGACAUGUAGACUCAGUCAAAUGGUUUGAUUUUAUUGCCAAGAGUUAUCUCGAAUUAGAAGACUUAACAUUAACACAAUUGAGCACUAGCCAAUUUGGUACUAAAUGGAUGUGGCAAGGUGCCUUGGUUCAUAUGAUACAAUCCUUGCCUUCUCUCAAGUCACUCACACUUGGUGGCAAAAAUAUACCACAGCUCUUCUCUAAAGGGUUUGCUCUGGAACUCAAGAAAUCAACCUGCCCAAUAAAAGACCUGUAUAUUGAUUUCCAUACGUAUCAAGCCAUUGAAUCUUGUCAGUUUCUGAUGGUCGUCGCCUCUCAUGGUAUUCGCCAACUCAAGCAACUUAAAUUACGCGUAUGGGAGCAAAUUCCUGGAUGGUCUGGCGUGACAUCAAACCUGUUUCAAUGCCAACAACUUGUCAUACUUGAACUGUCUUUGUCAAAAGGAUUAAUGGAUCAGUUUCCUUAUACGCCUUUUCUAAUUGACGACUUUUUGGAUCAUUUGCCUCAACUGCAAGAUCUUGUUCUUACAGGUGCUCAAGUGCAGGUCACUUACAAUCAUUUUGAGGAUCUCAACAAGGAAGAUAGACAGUUUGCUUUACGAAAAAUAACUCUUUGUCAAUCAAGGCUUGAAAACCAUGAAACAAUAUCGAAAUACCUAUCUUUUUGUUGUCCAAAACUAGAGCAUGUCGUGCUUGAGAAGUGUGAGAUGGACAAGAAAGCAAGAUAUCAACAGCACGUAUCCUUGAACAAUUGCAAACUCUUAUUCACCUAUAGCAGAUUGGAAAAGAUAAAGCUAAGUUCAUUGUUGUUAUAUUUGAGUACUAUGCAAACCAACGACUAUAUUGGCAUCAAUCUGGUAACAAAUGAGGGAAACAGUGCUCUUGUUUGGCUCAAUAUUGACAGAUCAAAAGGUGCGCUUAUUUACCCUACUUAUGAACUCUGCGAGGAUCAAGAGAAAUGCAUAGAAUUGACAGAUCUGCACACAAAAUACCAAUCUACAAAAGUUACUGCUGAAGUGAUGCCAUGCUAUUAUACUCCUAACAUUGGUGUCAUUACUUUACAUUGUAAAUCAAUGCCUUUUGACAUUUCUUUAGAUGAUUUAAGAAUACCAUCAAAAAUGUUUAAAAAGUUUUAUUAAAUUAAAAAAAAUUAACAA